AUGGCACCUCAAUUGUACCCUUUAUUUACUGAAAAACAUUUAAAACAUUUAAAUCAAAACUUGGCGAAAUUACCACCUCAAAAAAUCUUGGAAUGGGCCAUCGUAACUUUACCAGGGUUAUAUCAAACGACAGCCUUCGGUCUCACCGAAUUUUCUGAGGAAAACGAAACCGAGCCACAACAUUUGGUUCCGCUUAUCUUCCUCGACACUCUCUAUCAUUUUUCCGAAACUCUUCAGUUAGCGAAUAACGUAUCGACCCGUUAUAAGGUUCCAUUACAUGUUUUUAAGCCAAUUGAUUGUGAAACAGUAGAAAGUUUCGAGGCGCAGCACGGACAAAAUUUGUGGGAGAAUGACGAAGAUAGCUAUGAUUUUCUAGUAAAAGUCGAACCUUCAAGAAGAGCUUAUAAACAAUUAAAUGUUUUGGCUGUAAUCACAGGAAGAAGAAGAAGCCAAAAAGGAGAGAGAGAAAGUAUCGAUAUUUUGGAAUUGGAAAAGGGAACCGGAUUAAUAAAAUUGAAUCCUUUAGCCCAUUGGGAUUUUGCUAAAGUUAAAGCUUAUAUUAAAGCCAAUGAGGUGCCUUACAAUCCGCUCCUCGAUCAAGGUUAUAGGUCAAUUGGCGAUUGGCACAGUACUAAACCAUUGAAUAAUGAUUCUUCGAAUGAAAGGGAUGGAAGAUGGGAAGGAAAAAAUAAAACUGAAUGUGUUCGUUUCAUUACUAAACAACCUGAAUUUGCUGUUACUGAUACUCCAAUACUUGUACCUGCCAAGUUAAAAAGAUAUGGAUUAUCUGAAAUUAUAAAUCAUCUUUUAGGCUUCGAGAAGCCCGUACCAUUUGAUUUUAUGAUAGAUAAUUUAUUUUUAAGAACAAGUUUAUUAGAAUAUUUAGAAAAUUCCGGAUUAUCAACUGAAAAUAUUAUUACCGUUGAAUAUGUCGAAUCUAUAUUACCACCUACUCCUUUAUCUUCCUUUCAACAUGAUGAUUGGAUAAGUUCUGUUAAAAGUUAUAAUCAAAGAUAUUUUUUGACAGGUUCUUAUGAUAAUUAUGCAAGAAUAUGGAAUGCCUCUGGAGAAUGUUUGCAAACUUUCGUGGGCCAUAAUGCUCCUAUAAAAAGUGUUUCUUGGGUUUCGGUUCAGGCUUCACAAGAUAGAACUAUUAGAGCAUGGAAGUCAUCAUUCGAACAUAAUAAAUAUAUAUCGUUAUAUGAAUGUGUUGGGCAUAAAGAUAGUGUUGAAAGUGUUUCUGUUAGUCCUUCUGGUUCAGAGUUUGCAAGUGGUUCUUGGGAUUCUUCUAUUAUGCUAUGGACAAUGGAAAUACCUGAAGAUAGUGAUGAUGACGAACAUAUAAAGAUUCACACUUCAUCAAAAAGGAGGAAAGUUAAUAAAAAAGAAAAAAUACGCACAAAGUAUCCAAUUGCUACAAUGAAUGGACACGUUGGAGCAGUUUCUUCAGUUACAUUUGAUCAUGACGACAAUAAUAAAUUAUAUAGUGGAGGAUGGGAUCAUACUAUUAGAAUUUGGGACGUUGAAGCUAGAACUAAUAUAGAUACUAAGAAUUGUGAUAAAGUUGUUUAUGGAAUUUCAUAUUCAAAUAAAUCAGGAUUGAUAGCUUCAGGACAUUCAGAUCGAGUAAUUAGGAUAUGGGACCCAAGAGCAACAGAUACAGCUAUUGUAAAAUUAACAUUAUUAUCACACAAGAAUUGGGUAACCAGUAUAUCAUGGUCAACAACAAAUUCAUUUAUGUUGGCUAGUGGAUCUUACGAUGGAACAGUAAAAAUUUGGGACGUUAGAAGCAAAACGCCACUAUAUACUCUCUCUAAACAACAGAAUGAUGAUAAAGGAAAGGAGAAAGAGAAUAUUAAAAUUAAAAAGGUUUUUAGUGUUGAUUGGGAUAAUGAUGUUAUUUUGAGUGGUGGUGAAGAUAAUCAAUUGCAUGUUUAUGGUACUAAAAAGAUUGGUAUUACGGAUGAAAAACUAGGAAAUAAAAAAAGAUAA